AUGGGCUCGUGCGCGACCAAAGAAUUCCUCAGGAAGGCCCAUAAGGAGGGAGGCAACGUCCCUCUGCCGGACCAGGAAGGCGGCAAUCCACCUGUUUCCCCCCCAAAAGAAAGCAACUCUGAGAAGCCCUCGCGGGGGUCCGGUGGGGCUACCUUGGCGGCCUACGACGUGACAGCCCUUGCUACCUCCUCCCUGCUGGGCCUCGUCCAGAGCCUGAAGGACCACAUCACCAAGCCCACCGCCAUGGCCCAAGGGCGCGUGGCCCAACUCAUCGAGUGGAAGGGCUGGAGUGCUCCCCCCGUGGGUUGGGGGCAGCCCCCCGGCGAAGAGGUGCUCUACGAGGAGCUGACCGACGAGCUGAAGGAGGCUCGGUUUGCGGCAGGUGUGGCUGAGCAGUUUGCCAUCACGGAAGCCACCCUGACUGGUUGGUCCUCCCUGAACGAAGAGGAGCUGAAGGACAGGGGAGGCUCGCAGGACGUGAUCCGGCUCCAAGAUCUGGAAGGCAUCUACCUGCAGGACGGUCUUCUCUUUGGCCCACCGCCUCUGGCGGGCAGCCUCCGGACCUUCGGGCUCUCCAACCAGGAAUCCCCCAUCCCAAGCGGACCCUUGAACGGGAAGGACUGGAGCAGCUCGGGAAGGGCAGAAGGGAAGCCGGUGGGCCCACCCGACGCCCACAGAUGGCAGCAGAGUGCCACAUCCCUGCGCUACAUGGACAGCAGCUCUCCCUCCGAGGACGAGGUCUUCUAUGACUAGGCUGG